UUCCCAUUUUGGUUUUAAAAAAUAAUAUAUUGCAUAGUCAUGAAGUAGUGAUCUAUUAGAGACAAUAGAGAUAUACAAUAGGUACAGGAAGCAAGUGCAGAUUGAAGUAGUGAUCUAUUAGAGACAAUAGAGAUGUACAAUAGGUACAGGAGGCAAGUGCAGAUUGAAGUAGAGAUCUGUUAGAGACAACAGAGAUGCACAAUAGCUACAGGAAGCAAGUGCAGAUUGAAGUAGUGAUCUAUUAGAGAAAAUAGAGAUAUACAAUAGGUACAGGGGCAAGUGCAGAUUGAAGUAGAGAUCUAUUAAAGACAAUAGGCAUGUACAAUAAGUAUAGGAGGCAAGUGCAGAUUGAAGCAGUGAUCCAUUAGAGACAAUAGAGAUAUACAAUAGGUACAGGAGGCAAGUGCAGAUUGAAGCAGUGAUCCAUUAGAGACAAUAGAGAUGUACAAUAGGUACAGGAGGCAAGUGCAGAUUGAAGCAGUGAUCCAUCAGAGACAAUAGAGAUAUACAACAGAUACAGAAGGCAAGUGCAGAUUGAAGUAGUGAUCUAUUAGAAACAGUAGAGAUGUACAAUAGGUACAGGAGGCAAGAGACAAUAGAGAUAUACAAUAGGUGCAGGAGGUAAGUGCAGAUUGAAGCAGUGAUCCAUUAAAGACAAUAGAGAUAUACAAUAGGUGCAGGAGGUAAGCACAGAUAGAAGCAGUGAUCCAUUAAAGACAAUAGAGAUAUACAAUAGGUACAGGAGGCAAGUGCUGAUUGAAGUAGUGAUCUAUUAGAGACAAUAGAGAUAUACCAUAGGUACAGGAGGCACGUGAAUUUGAAAAAUGUUCAUCGCGAGAAGCUGCUUUCUUAGUUUUUAUUUUCAUUAAGCGUUUUAGCGUUUGUUUUCUUAUAUUGUUCGUUUUAUAUUUGAUGUCUCUAUUUUUGUUUUUGUUGAUGUUGUUAUAUUCAUUUCUUUUGCUUCAAUACAUUUGCUUUUUCACUUUUAGUAAACUACAAGCCAUAUUCACAUUACAUUUAAUAUGCAAUUCGAAACCUAUCAUCUGUGUUGCUAAGAUCUUAAGUUUCAUAUGAUAUGUUUACAAUCAAUAUUUCAUUUAUGUAUGGAGAUAAACGUUCUGCUUGUGUGAGCUGCUUAUCUAGAUAAACACCGAAAGUAUCAUUUAUAGAAAAUCGAAAACAGUGGUUAAAAUAAUAAUAAGUAUGGUGCGUUCUUACAACGUGACCUUUCCUAUUGGGUAUGUAUAUUAUUACAACAUUUUAUAACAAUCAAAUAAAGUAAAGAUUUACAGAUCACAACAAUGAUACAUAUUAAGUGUAUAUAUUGUAGUUAUGUAAUUAUCAUCUGGAUAUGAAAUACUUUGGGGUGAUUUAAGUCUGUGAAGGCUAAAAGCCUACAUGUGUACUUAACACAACCUAAUGUACCUAGGAAUUACUGCAUAACCACAAUGUAACAUUACAUUCACAGUUUAGUAUUUUCGUUAUUUCACAUUGAUUUGUUUGAUUGAAAUUUACGUACAUUUAAAUAAAAAGACUAGGACCAGACAAAAUCUUCAACUAAUGACGGCAUUUGCAGUAAAAAUGUUCUAAUGUCUCAGCACAAUUUAUGCCUUCUAUUGGCAACUUAUGUCACAUUACUACACUCGUUUAGGUCAUUAUACGCAGGUUUCCGAACUUUUCUUACAGUCGUUGUGUUCUUGUCCAACAAGUUGAAAAUACAAAUACGUCAUCUAAGGCAAUCCAAAAAUAAAUUAAUACAACUGUUACCAAAGAGAACACAUACAUUUAAAGUACACUUAGUUACAAAGCAUGAAAACUAGACUGACUGAUGAGCCUCCUAGUUAUAACCAUUAACCUCACUGUUAUAUAUGACAUACACAUUUUAUAAACUAAAUCAAUAUCCUAUACUACAAACUUUAUUACUUAUUUGUAACUUUUUAUGGUCAGAUUAACAUUUAAUGCUAGUGUCAGUGUAAAUGAAGAUAUUCAAAUCCUUUCACUUAACCCCCAGCACCUACCUGUGAACGGAUAUAUCUUUAGCAAUGGCUAAAUUUAUUUAUGUCAUAAAAAAUAUUCCACUAUUAAGAAGUCAUAAAGCUGUCUGAAAGAUUUACAUAUAUACUUGUAACCAAGGUUGGUGAAGAAAUGUAGUGUUUAGCUCAUUUUGUUAACACAGUUAAAUCGUUAUUGUAUUUAUUCUAUAUACAUGUAGUUUCAUGAUUUUAGUUUGUCUUAAGGUAACAUGAUGAAUUUUUCGCUUGAACAGCACGUGGCGGCUCUCUGUGUCUCUACAAAGAGGAGAGCAGAUAAAGAGCGUAAGGCUUUGAAACCCAUCUGUGUAAGUGGCUUACAACCUUUAUCGCAAACCAUUGGAGGUGGCCCAGGAAUAUCCGAGAUAUGUGAUCUAGACUUCCUGCAAUGCAUGGUUACAAACAAUCAAUAUGGUAAAUGUCAAAUACUCAUUAAACAAUGAAACUAUUGAUCAGUUUUAUCACAGAAAGAUGACUGACAGAAAUAGCGGAAUUAAUGCAUAUCAAUAACACAAAUAAAUAAUAACUUGCUUUAUGGAUUUCAGCCCUUCAAGAUAUUUCUUAUAUAGUGUGACACAUAUUUGGAUUAUCAUUAUCGUAGGUUAACUAGGGCAUGAUAAUAUUUUUUCGCAAAGUCGCCUAGGGGCGUAUAUAUUAUCUUAAAUACAAAGGACAAGCAAAUGAGCAGAAAAUAACUAUCACAUACGAAAAUGAUUCAGGGAAGAAAACGAUUCAGUAAAAUUUGCUACUUGAUCGCAAUGUUUUUGUGCUGUAUAAUCAUUUUAAUGAUCUUAAACAGACUGUACAUAAUGGCAGUUGGUUACAAACCAAACAGACCGGCAGAACCACUAAACAGAAUUUACAAUGGGUAUAUUGUAAAGUAUAACAAAAACCACUGGAAACCAAAGCCUUUGAAAACUAUUGUUGUUUGGACUCCUUACUUCGGUGAAUGGGGCUGGGAAGUUAGAGCACAGGGUUCCAUGGAAAAGUGUCCAGCCAAGUGCACAUACACUCGGGAUAAAGCCAUUGUUGGCGAGGCAGACGCUGUACUGUUUAAUGCUAAUGACAUGUGGAAAUACCGGACUUUAAUUGGUACUUUGUAUGAAUUUAAUAUACCAAUGCCAGAAGUGAGAACUCCAAAUCAAGUGUGGAUUUUACUCAGCAUAGAGCCAAUGAAUACAAUGAGAGUAUCAAUGAAUCAGUUUGAGUUUAACUGGACAUGUUUACAUCGUAGAGAAUCAACUGUAUAUUACCCUUUUACUAAUUGGUUUAAAAUGUCCUCUGAUGAAAUUAAGCACACAGAGAAAAAUAUUGCCUCACCUGAAAACUAUUUAAAAUCUAAAUCAAAAUUUGCUGCAGCUAUGAUCAGUAACUGUGAUGAUGACGCUAGGAGGUACAAAAUCAUCAGAGAACUGAAAAGAUACGUUGAAGUGGACGAAUUUGGAGACUGUUCUGGGAACGUGAUUUGUAAUUACAGAAAAUCUCCAAACGAAUGUAAACAGUUAUAUGACUACAAAUUUUAUUUAGCAUUUGAUAAUAGUUUUUGUAGGGAUUACGUAUCUGAGAAAUUUUGGUUGACAUUUGAUAGAGGACAAAUACCCGUUGUUGCGGCACCGAAAUAUAACUUAGAAAUGUUACCUCCUAAUUCCUAUCUAAAUGUGUUUGAUUUUAAUAGUAUUGAAGCACUGGCUGAGAGAAUGGUUGAGGUGGGGGCCAAUGAGACGCUUUAUAACAGUUUCUUCGACUGGAAGACGAUGUACAAACAAGAGCAAUUAUCGGUAUACUGUAAAUUGUGCCAAGAACUACAUUCUAACAGAACUGCUCAAAGUUAUAUUGAUAUGGAUGGAUGGAUAAACGACGAUAUUUGUACAAAGCAAACGUUGUGGUCAUCAUUAUCAGCAUUGUUUGAGAGAUGGUUGUUCGACAUUGGACUGGUCUAAAACUUGACUAUUUGCUUGAAAUGACACUGUUAUUGCCUUACAUGACACUUCUAUGCAGGACGUUAUAAUUAUGUUGAUUGAAACUUCACGAGUUGGAAAAAAAUAACCUAAAGCAAUGGAUCAAGACUGAUAAUAUUAUGGAGAUGUUAUCAUUGUAUUUAGUAUCUGUUUUUUAUCGGUAACAUGGCCUAGAAAACCUGAUAAACCAAUAGUAAGAACCUGAUUUUUCACUCACUCAUGUGUUGAAACCAUUCAUGUGAGGAAGCUAUCCAGUUGGCUUGUAGAAGAUUGGCCUUUGAAAUAAUUUCCCGGGGGUCUUCUGUUGUCCUCCUCUGUAAUCAAAAGCUGGAAAGUCGGCAUAUGGCAUGAGCUCUCCCCAACAAAAAUAGACGAAAUAUAUAGCUACUCUAGAGUAAUACUGUUUUGUAUUCUGGAAACACAUACCACAAUUAUUAUGUGUUUUUAAUGUUUUGACAGAAAAUGCCUAGAUCAAAUAUAUGUAUGUUAUUUCCCACUAGGUACACACAUGUUUUGACUUACGUCUGAAUACGCCGUCUGAGUGAAAGAGUACUAUCGUUUGGAUAAUUCAUUCCUAAAGUCAGUAUGCUAGUCACCUUACUUUUCAUUUCAUAAUCCCCCAGCUACUCUCUCGUAGUUCUAGUUUAAACUAACUACCUUUUAAGUGGUCAAUGGUUAUAAUCAUUCAGUGAAGAAAAAUGACUUUUGACUUUCACCAGUAAACAAGACGAAAUUAAUGUUGAUAGUUUACUGAUGAUGGUCAAUAGCCGCUAUCCGAGGCUGAAUCAUUUUUAUCAAUUGACCACAUUCAAAGUAGGCAGUGAUAUUGUUAUACUGAAAAACAGUAAAUAAAAACUAGUUGCACCGGAA